AUGAAAAUAUCCUCGCCUAGUGUUAACACUCCCACUGACUUCUAUUUUGCCUGUCGAAAUGGUGACAUUGAUGGAGUGAUAGAGCAGCUAGAAGCUCUGACAAUAGAUGAUGUUAACCGUGUGCAACCAAAUGGAAGCACUCCUCUACAUGCUGCCUGUUACUUUGGUCACUAUCAAGUUGUCAAACUGCUGCUAGACUUCGGUGCGAGUCGAUCAGUUCUGAAUAAACAUGGAUGUGUGCCGUAUGAUGAAGCAAAAGCUAGUGAAUUAAAGCAGUUGUUCAUGCGGGAAAAUUCAUCCAGGAGAUUUGUUGAUGGGAUGAGCUCAAGCGGUCUCACGGAAUGGAUGAGGGUGAGCCCGAAUAUCAAUGAUGACGCAAUAUGUCGACGUGUAGCCUUAAAAUAUUGUUGGGACGAUUCUGAUACUCAGCGAUAUCUUCCACGUAUACAGAAAGAGUAUAUAGAUUUCCACUUUACUAACAGUAUUCAUCACGAUGAAAUUCAAUACUAUCUUCGGAAUGCUAUCAAGGAAGAUAACCCCAUUUAUUUGUUGAAAGCGUACACAGCUGAGACAGAUUUCUACAAACGACUCAACAGAGACUUGGCUGAAGACAUCUGGCUAAAAUAUGGAUCUAUGAAGAGUCUGGAACGGAUUAUAGAAAUUGUAUACAAUCAUUCAUCGCUGAAUCAAUUUGUAUUCAAAGGGAAAACAUAUCGUGGAAUGAAAAUAACCAAAGAUGAUUUAGAACAGUACUCAACUGGCACACGUCUCCUCAACAAAAGUUUCCUUUCAACAUCGAAAGAUCGUCGAAUCGCUGACCGUUUUGCAUUAAUGGAAGGGGUACGGAAGACAGAAGAUGGAGAGAACAUAAAACACUCGGCCGUCUGCAUCUAUGAAACACGUAAAGAUCGAUCGGCUCUAGAUAUUGAAUCUAUCAGUGAAUAUCCUCAAGAAAAAGAAGUGUUGAUUAUGCCAUUCACACCGUUCAAAGUCAUGAAGAUUACCCACAGCAGAGCGAGUGCGAGUGGCAUACCUGAAUUUGAAAUCGAACUGAGAGAAUGCAAAUCUCUUUGGAUAAAAGAAAAAUGGGAACAGUAUAAAUUUGCCGCAGUUGACGAAUGA